AUGGCCAAUGCAGCAUCUGGAAUGGCUGUGCACGAUGACUGCAAGUUAAGAUUUUUGGAACUGAAGGCCAAAAGAACUCACAGGUUUAUAAUCUAUAAGAUUGAGGAGAAGCAGAAGCAAGUUGUUGUGGAAUUUGUGGGUGAGCCAACCCAGAGCUAUGAGGACUUUACAGCAAGCCUUCCUGCUGACGAGUGUCGCUAUGCUGUCUAUGAUUUUGACUUCGUGACUGCAGAGAAUUGCCAGAAAAGCAGGAUUUUCUUCAUUGCGUGGUCGCCUGACACAUCUAGAGUCAGAAGCAAGAUGAUUUAUGCAAGCUCAAAAGACAGAUUCAAGAGGGAACUUGAUGGAAUUCAGGUGGAGUUGCAAGCAACCGAUCCAACUGAGAUGGGUCUUGAUGUUAUUCAAAGCCGUGCCAGCUGA